AUGGCGGACGGAGCAGACGAAGUAAACCAAAGACCAUCAUGUUGUAAUGGAAAUAUAAACGCCAGCGAGGACUUAAUAAGACAAGGCUACAAGUACUACAAGAGAAAAAAGCCCCCUCCAGACUUCAGUGAAGUCAUAAAUUUUAACAAUCCCGAGACGUUUCAUGGCAGAGUGUCGGAAAUUCCCCUUCGGAAGUUUCUCCAUGCAGGCCAUGGUCUUCGCUGUACCCGACAGUGGAAGGUUUACCAGCUGAUAUCUUGCCCUGGUUUUAUUUUUAUUGUCAACCCGUUUAUAAAAGGAGCUCAGAAUUAUUGGACAAAACGAUGUAUUGAAGAUUUUACUCGUAAACCAAACGUGUCGAACUUGGACGCUCAUAUGACGAUAAAGGACGAUGAGUCUGUUUGGGAGCUUAGUAGAAAUGGUCAAGAUCAAGACUUGAUGAGUAGACUCCGAUGGGUUCACUUAGGUUAUCAAUUUGAUUACAAUGUUGUUGAUUAUAAACCAGAACAUUACUUUGGCUUUCCCAAAGACCUAUCAGGACUUAUGCAGCACAUAGCAGAGGCAAUAGGUUACCCAGGGUAUACCCCUGAGGCAGGAAUUGUGAAUUAUUAUCCAAUAGGAACAUCUAUGGGAGGCCAUACUGAUCACUAUGAAUUGGAUCUUUCCUGGCCUUUGAUUUCCAUCAGCUUUGGCCAACCAGCAGUGUUUUUGAUUGGUGGAAAAGCAAAGGUUAUCAAGCCAACAGCCAUGUUUAUUCAUAGCGGAGAUAUAGCCAUAAUGUCUGGUGAAUCAAGGCUAGCAUUUCAUGCUGUACCAAGAAUCUUCAAAGUGGGAGAAGAUAAUGAACCGCCAGAUUGUCUCAAGUGGUUCGGUCCUGAGGAAAUAAGUCAAAGUAGUAGGAAUGGUGAGGAGUCUUUGAUGGACAAAGAAAAAGAAACAGAACCUAAGCAGCUGCAAGAAAAUUUUCACAAGGCAUCAAAAAUUAAUGAAAACGCUGUUUUAAACAAUGGAACUGAUGAUGAGAAUUCGGACUUUUUCUGUGAGUGUAAUGAAAGGGGAAAGAUGAAUGUUUUGACUGAUGUAAGCAAGGAUGAUUGGUCACCCUUUGCGCAGUAUCUAUCAAGGACUAGAAUCAAUGUUAAUGUUAGGCAAGUCCAUUCGUUAGACAAUGUUGUGAAAUAGGUUUAGAGCUAAUGGUUUGCGUAUGAUGUAUUCCCUCAUGUGAAUAGCAAGACAAUAGGUGCUGAUUAACCGAACAAAAGAAAGUGUGCAAGGGAGUCUGGUAGUAGAGGUUAAUAGAGAGUUUUAGAUUUACGCUCACGGCAAACGUGAAACAUCAGCUGAUCAGUGAAAAAUUCUUUUAAAUUACUGAUUUCAAACGAAUAUCAAAAAAAUCCAAGUAGUAGAAAAACAAAAAAAUAUUUGUGUGUGGUGAGAAAGUUUUAGAUGCUGCAACGAUGAUUGUCCCACAAACAACCACACAUUUGUUUUGAAGAGUGCUACAAGGAUACUAGGCAGUUUUAUUUUAUUUUUAAAGGACAGUAUACAACUGAAACAAUUUUAUUAUCAAUUUUUGGAUGAUCAGAGUUUUAAGUCUCGAGAUAUUCUAUUUGAUGAACAUAGCAACAGUAACUAAUGGGAGUCAGAAUCCUGAAUUACUGGAAGAAAUUGAGGAACCGUUUCAAUAUGUUACCACAAGUCGUGCCGUGUACCGUGUAUUGUA